AUGAAGGAAAAAACAAGACAGGAGAAAGACAAUGAAAGAGCUCAAACCGAAUUUAGAGACAAUCAAAUCAAAUAUGAAGAGAUGAAGCGACAGUACAAAGAAUUGCAAAACAAACUUCAAAGCAAAGAAGAAGAGUUAAAAUCGUUCCUUCACACACAAUUCAAUGCGCUCAAGGUCAAGAAUGAAAACCUGGAAAACACCCUAAAAGAACUAUCAAGUCAAAACGAGGUGCUUCGAAAUGAGAACAGGAAGCUCGCUCAGGAAAACGAGAAAUUAUCCAAAGAUCACGAAAUGUGGAAUGCAGAGAAAGAGCAGUAUGAAAAGAACGACAUUCAACGAAGAAUAUUGGUGAAGAAGCUUAAAAACCAGCUCAAACUUUCAAUGGCUGUCACUGCCAUUGACAAGCAGCAACUAUCGACAAUUUUCAAAUCAAACGUGAACAUUGCAGAAUCAAUCAAGUCGCUAAUGGAUGUCAUCAAAGAAGGAAACGAAAUUAGUGAAGAAGAAAAACAGUUUAUGAAUCAAUCUCAACCCACAAAAGAACCAAGUGAAAGCACAAAGCGAUAA